AUGCCUCCGAAUCAUUCCCACUUCAAUAUGGUACCAGCCGAGUUGCUUGGUCGUCAAUCGCUAUUAGCAGCCCAUCAUCAACAACAACAAGCCAACGAGCAAGCGAAGAAACUGGCAGAAACACCUCUCGCCCCUGCAUCCAGUGGGCCUGUUGUCAACGUCAAUUUCCCUCCCGAGCUGUUCCAAGCUAUUCGAGGCCUUUCUGCACCUAUGGCACCUCAGUUUACAUUGCCAAAUCUUGCCCCUGCUGUACAUUCUGCUCCGUCGUUGCUAUCUCCUACACAACUUAUUUCUCCGGGACCUCGAAUGGCUCUCAUUGACUUCUGCUCGACAUAUGAGAUUUCCGAUACACUCCAGAAAAAACUGCUCGAACACGGCUUCAAUUCUUCGCACUCUUUUCGCCAUGUAACCAUUGAUGACUUGCAGAAGGCUGGCCUGCUUUGUGGGGAACUCGCAGAACUGAAAGAUGCCAUCUCGCAAUGGUGUGGGGAGUAA